UAUUCUAAAUUAGAAGUUUUAAUCUCCAGUGUGGAGGCGUUUUUGGAAAAUGCAGGACGACGUGAUUUAUGGAAUUAUACUGGUUGUGUCUUUUGGCAUUGGACUUUUUGUUAGACAAAUAACAGACCCAGACAGAAAGAGACUAAUAUGUAGUAUAGCAGGCGCUAUUCUUGCUGUUGUAAAUUGUCACAUACAUAUUUACCACUCCCUGGUAUUGGUAAUCGGAAGUUGUCUACUGAUAAAAAUCUGUGGACCAAGAAAAUGUCAGCUGUUUGGAUAUAUAUGGUGUUUUGGGUACCUUGUAUUCUUUAGAACUUGUCAUCAUUUUGGUUUACCUAAGCCAUCACCAGUGUCCAAUGCAUUGCAGUUAUUUUUAACCUUGAAGCUGGUUGCCUUAGGUUUUGAGAUACAUGAUACUCAUGAGUUGUCUAAGAAGGGUGAUACUCCAGAAGAGGAAGAAUCAACUCUUCAGAGAAAGUACAGAAGUAUUUACCCAUCAUCAUUAGAUAUACUACAGUACUCAUAUUGUUAUGUAGGACUGUUUACAGGUCCAUAUUACAAGUACAGAACUUAUGAAGAUUUCAUACAAAAUAGGAACUCUCCAAACAUACCAGUAAAAGAGUUUGUUAUAGAGAGGUUAAAGUAUAUCCCUGUGAUAGCUGUUACAUUUCUGGGAAUGUCCCAUUUCUUCAGUAUACAGUACGUCGAAACAGAAGAAUUUUUUGAGCAUCCAUUUUGGUUCCGAUUAUUUUAUAUGGUGCCUAUGUUUAUGAUAUUCCGUACUAGACUUUACAUGGCCUGGUUGGUUUCAGAAAGUAUGUGCAUGACUUCUUCAUUAGGGGCCUACCCUGUAGAGGCAAAGGCAAAAUAUGGCCAGGGUCCAACUGAUCUUUCAGGUCUAGACAAAAGUUUAUCGAUAUCUAAAUCCGACCAGAAGUAUGAUUACCAGACAGUGUAUAAUUUAAGUAUUUAUGGCUGUGAAUUAGGAAGGACAACCAGAGAAGGGUUACGUAGCUGGAAUAUGACUGUUCAGUACUGGUUAGCAGCAUUUGUUCAUCGAAGAAUACCAAAACAUCUAAAAAAUUACGGAGUUGCAAUAACAAUGGCAGUGAGUGCCUUUUGGCAUGGUAUACAUCCUGGGUAUUACCUCAGUUUCAUGUUAGUUCCCAUAAUAGUGUUUGCAGAAGAUGCCAUGAUUUCAACAUUCCGUAAAAACAGUUCUGAAAAUAUGCAAUAUUGGUUUGACUGGGCUUGUUUGUUUUUUAAAAUGAGAGGUUUUGAUUACAUGUGUAUGGGAUUUUUGUUACUUAAACUUGACUUAACUUUAGCUUAUUGGCAAUCUAUCUUUUUUAUAGGACAUUUAGUUCCUAUAUUAUUUAUCAUAAUUUCUAAAAUAUUUAAACCUAAGAGGAAAAAAGAAGAAAAGAAAGAAUAAAUGUUAUUGAUAUGAAAAUUUUACAUGGAAUAUUUUUUUUAAUUCUGUAUACAAUUGUUUAUAUAAUUUUUUCUAUAUAUAUACACUUAUAAUAUAUCAGGCUUUAAAUUGUUAAAAAGAAAUACAUCCAUAGCAGAAACAGUUCUAAGAGUACACAUAAAGGUCAUCAGAGAUAUCAUUUCAUGGUUACAACACGAGGCUUGGAAUAAGUAUGUGGUACUGUGCGAUAUAAGUAAUGAAAGAUGGAAAAAUUGUUAUUAUGGUAAAUCAGCAAAAGUAAUUGAAAAAUAAUUAGUUUCAAAGUUUGAAGAUUGCUGACAUUUCUGUAUCCUGAAGAUUAUAAAACUGUUAUAAGAAUUUCCUAAGUUUUUUUUUUUAUUUCUAGAAAAUUUCCAGGGCUUAGUUAGUCAAUACAUUCAUUUAUCUAUUGUGCCUAAAUAACUUAGAGCCGACUUCAGUGAAUGUGUAGACAAAGGUAAUAUAUUUGGUUAGCUUGCUUGCUAGCUGAACCGUGGAGUCAUUGUUAGGUUCGGUAAGCUAUUUUUCUAUAAGAGUAAAUUAGUCGGAUAGGUAACCAAUCUAUCUGUCUGUUGGAUUAUGCUAUAUUGAAAGGAGGAUAGUAUACCUGAGCUAAUAAUAACUUCAAGGUUCAGCUUACAAGCAAGAUAACCAAAGAUAUUACCUUUGUCUUCACACUCAAUGAUUUGGCUUUAGGCUCAAAUAAAGACUGAGAUCAGGUUUGAUAACUGACUGCACUAUGGGGGUGAAAUACAUGAAAUGUUUGCUGCUAUUUUGAUAAUUAAUAGUGUUAACAUAUGUUUUUGUGACUAUGGUAUUGUUUAAAGCCUUGCAGAACAAAAUAAAAUAAUUUCAGCAUAUACUUCUACUGCAGAAAUACUGUAAGAGAUCACAUACAUAUCACCAAAUUUAGUUUCAUAUAGAUGAAUAAUUAUAGGUUUCAUAACGAGUGAGAAUUAGAUAUCGCUUGAUAUCAACUCGAGUUAUUUAAUUUCAAUAUAAUAAUAAACGAGCCUGUGGCGAGUUUGUUAUUACUAUUUAAAUUAAAUAAAGAGAGUUGAUAUCAAACGAUAUCUAAUUCUCCCGAGUUGUGAAACCUAUUUCUCUUAUGGUAAACAUGCUUUUUGUGCUUAAUAAAAAAAAUCCGCGAAACGUCGACCCAGUCGCUUGAACAUAACUGCAUUGUGACGUCAUAUGUCCUGUUCGUCGUCAAUCUUCAACAUAAGACUUUUUUAAACAUUUUGUACGCUUCAGAAUGUAAUAAUAUUUGAAUAAGAAUAUAUAAAAAGAUGAAAAGUGUGCGUAUUUUCUAUAUUAUUGAAGAAAUCGCUUAUCUCCGUUGCAAUGGAGGAAAUGUACAUCAUUGUGACCUUUAACUGUCAACAAUGACCUAAAGAAUAGCCAAUGAAAAUGCCGCAAUAUCGUUUCAGGAGGUUUCGUUGGCCAAUCAAAUUAACGCAUUUUUCGUAUCACUUUUUCGUAUCACACUCCGGACAGUGUGAUACGAGAAUUAUCUAUUCAUGCGAGAAAUAGAUAACAGGCCCCAACCAUAAGAGAAUGAAAUUUUCACUUUUAUUGUAAUUUAAUCGCAAUAUAAGAAUGAAAGAGUAAACGUUUAAGUAUUGAAGUUAACUAAAACAAUAUAAAUUAAAUGUAUUUAUUCAUUUUACAACAUGUAAUUAUAAGAUUUGAUGUGUAUUUUGCAAAUAAAUGGUGUUAGCUAUUCAACAUUUAUCAUGUUUUAAAACUUGUAAUGCUUGAUAAAAAGUAUAGAUAUUAUUGCUGUUGCUUUGAAGCUAGCCACAUAUCUUUAAUUUGCAUUUUUCUUACUAGUCAAUUCUUGUAACAAAUUGAGCAGUUGUAUAAUGUAAUGUGUUUGCCAUAAAAUCAUUGUUUUCAAUAGAAUAUUAUGUUAAUGUUUAAAAAUAUAAGUCAUAAUAACAUGUUUAAAAUUAUGUCUCUCUAAACCAAUUUAAAAUGCACAUAUUCAGUGAGUACAUUCCAAAUUUCAGUCAUGUCUGGGUAUUUGACAGCAUACUAAGUAGCAACACAAAUUAUUGUUUUCCAUAGAAGACAUAAAGUAACUACUUGACUUUAGUAAAACAUUGACGGCUUACUACAAAGUUCUAUUUCCAUAACCUUGUAUAAUAUGGCAAUUAUAUGUACAUGUAGUAUCACUGAUAUUAUGAAUAUUUGUACUUUAACACUAACAUUGUUGAUUAUUUGAAAGAAGGCAUUUAAAUGAACAAUAAAAGCAUUUCAAGACAUAUAAUCUUA